ACAAAGGAAUAAUUCGUCUGGGAAGUCUUUGUCGUCUCGGAAAAAUUCUAAAAAAAAAAGUCAAACAAACAGGAAGGGCACAAAAACAAUGGAUAGCUCACACAGCAGCAGUAACACGGAAGAUACGUUGGAGGAAAGUAACGAGGAGCAGCGACGAAAGCGAAUUAUGAAGAAUCGCAGUAGAAAUCAAGCCGCAGUGCGAGUUCUCGCAAGUUCCCAACACACGCAACAACAAAGACAGCUGCAGCAAAAAGCCGCAAUGCUCGGAAAACCAUCGACGUCGGGCACUUCAGCCAAUCCCGUGCUUCAUUUGAAUCUCGCCACACAUCAAGCGAUCGAAAGUCGCAUCACGCUACGUGUCGACAAUGCGCUUUUUCAAGUAAACCCGGAGCUUUUUGCGCAACAUCAAGACACAAUGCUGGGCCGGAUGUUCACGUCGGGCCUCGAGAUUGUGCAUCCCAAUGAACGCGGCGAAUACGAAGUUGCCGAAGGAAUUUCCCACAACGUCUUUCGCGCCAUUCUCGAUUACUACAAAAAUGGCAUCAUCAAAUGUCCGCCGACGAUUUCGGUGCAGGAGCUCAAGGAGGCCUGCGAUUAUUUGCUCGUUCCUUUCGACGCGACGACAAUUCGUUGCCAAAACUUGCGCGAAUUGCUGCACGAACUGAGCAACGAAGGCGCCCGUUGUCAAUUUGAACUUUUUCUCGAAGAGCUUAUACUGCCGUUGAUGGUGUCGUCGGCGCAACGUGGAGAUCGCGAGGCCCGCGUCAUUAUUUUGCUCGAUGACGACUUUGUUGAUUGGGACGACGAACAGAUCCGGGCGAAUAGUGAGUCGUGUCACACUAUUUGCAGUACCGCCAUGUAUCGGUUCUUCAAGUAUAUCGAAAAUCGUGAGGUAGCGAAGCAAGUGCUCAAAGAUCGUGGAUUGAAGAAAAUUCGAUUGGGAAUUGAGGGAUAUCCGACGUACAAGGAAAAGGUCAAGAAACGAGCGGGAGGCAAGGCAGAAGUUAUUUACAAUUAUGUGCAACGUCCUUUUAUUCACAUGUCGUGGGAGAAGGAAGAGGCGAAAAGUCGUCAUGUUGACUUUCAGUGUGUCAAAUCCAAAAGUGUGACAAAUCUUGCGGAAGCCACGGCGGAUCCCGUACUUGAAUUAGAUGCAAGCGGAAAUCCCUUGCCAGCAGCAGCACGUCACGAUGUCGAUGAUCUUUCACGCCAACUCCAAAAUGCCGCAAUUGAUCCCAUCAUCGAUGGCGAGGGAGCAGUAGGCGGCGUCGGAGCAAAUAUCGAGCAUUUUGACCCGCCACAACAGCCCGAAGAUCAAAUUAAUCCAUAAUCCAGUCUCAUCGCCUGCAUUAAAUGCUCGCUUUGCUUUCUACUACGCAACAAAACCGACAACUACGUUUACUUUUAGCAUCGUAAGGCAUCCCCAAACCUAAAGAAUUUCCUUUUGUGUUAAAUUAAGAAAAAAAAAAAAUCAAUUAAAUUUAGUCAGACGAGAGAGAUUGGAACAAAAUUGAUUUUUACUCGGGGAAAGUGUCAAAAUUAACAAUUUUCUCAAUUUCAAAAAAGAAAACAGCUUGUGUAAUUUUUAAAAAUAAGAAUAUUUAAUUAAUUGUCUUAUGUACAUUAUUAUUACAACUAUCAUAAUAUAUAACUUGAUUCUUUAAUAAUAAAAAUUUAAAAUAAUAAAAAAAA